CGCCGCCCGCUGACCCUUCUCUUCUGAUCCACUUCUUGAGCUCAGAAGCAGGGAGGGAAGGGGAAAGUUCAGAAGUACGAAAAUGGUGCAGAGGCUGACGUACCGCAAGCGGCACAGCUACGCCACCAGGUCCAACCAGCACCGUGUUGUCAAAACUCCCGGAGGGAGAUUGGUGUACCAGAGCACCAAGAAGAGAGCCAGCGGUCCCAAAUGCCCAGUCACCGGGAAGAGGAUCCAAGGGAUUCCGCAUCUUAGACCCGCUGAGUACAAGAGGUCUAGGUUGCCUAGGAACCGCAGGACAGUGAACCGUGCUUAUGGUGGUGUAUUGUCUGGAGGAGCUGUCAGGGAGAGGAUUAUCCGUGCCUUCUUGGUGGAGGAGCAAAAGAUUGUGAAGAAGGUUCUGAAGAUUCAGAAGGCAAAGGAGAAGUUGGCCUCAAAGAGCUAAUUCUAAUACUAUUUCUCGAGAAAUGUUCUUCGAGUUAGAAGAUGUGUGGUAGAAGAAAUUUUGGUGUAGGUGACAAUUGUGGCUAUGAGAGAUUCUGGAACUAAAGUUGAUGAAUGUCUCCACUUGUUUUGAUAUUCUAAUUUAUUUGCGUAGUUCGUUUACACCUCGGUGAUACAUACAAUGUUGGUUUUAGUCAUUAGACCUUCCUGAGAUUGCCUGAUUAUGCCUUGUUGGUGGAUUGAGUU